GCCAGGACGCAAGAUGGCCUCAGGCCGGAGCCGGGCACAGCACAGCACAGCAUGGGGCGGGGUCGGGAGGCCGCCAGGCGCGCAUGCGCGGACGUGCCGUUCGGCGGCGGCACGUCGGCGGCAGCGCCGGUAACGGAGGCAGGAGCAACAAUGGAUUGGCCCCAACAAAUAUGUAGCAGGUGUUGGGAGAAGACAUCCCAUCUGAAAUGGAGGUGAUCGAGGGAGCUGAACACUGACUACACCAACAUGGGGUUGCGACUGUUGGCUUGUCUUUUUCAUUUGCCCACUGCAGUGAUCUAUGGGUCCCUGUCGCUGUUUGUUUCCAUUUUGCACAACGUAUUCCUCCUGUACUACGUCGACACCUUUGUCUCUGUUUACAAGAUUGAUAAACUGUCCUUUUGGAUAGGAGAGACAGUGUUUCUGAUCUGGAACAGCCUCAAUGACCCUCUGUUUGGCUGGCUGAGUGACCGAGUGUUCCUUAGCACACAGCAGCCAGGGGCAGAGAUUUCCUCCCCAGAAGUAAUUCUGAAGAGGCUCAGAGCGCUAAGCCACAAUGGCCCCCUCUUUGCCAUCUCUUUCCUGGCUUUCUGGGUUGCCUGGGCUCAUCCUGGUUUGCAGUUCCUCCUUUGCCUUUGCCUGUAUGACAGCUUUCUCACCAUGGUCGACCUCCAUCACAACGCCUUGCUCGCAGACCUGGCUGUUUCAGCAAAAGACAGGACUAGCCUCAACUUCUACUGCUCCCUCUUCAGUGCCAUAGGCUCCCUCUCUGUCUUCAUGUCCUAUGCAGUGUGGAACAAAGAGAACUUCUUUUCCUUUCGCAUAUUUUGCGUUGUGUUGGCCCUCUGCUCCAUCGUUGGUUUUACCCUGUCCACACAGCUGCUUCGCCAGCGGUUUGAGGCUGAUGGGAAAGUGAAAUGGGACCAAGAGUCAACCCUAAAAGAGCUGUACAUUGAGAAACUCUCUGUCCCCCAGGAGAAGAGGAUCACCCUGGCAGAGUAUCUCCAGCAGCUCUCCCGGCAUCGCAACUUCCUCUGGUUUGUCUGCAUGAACCUCAUCCAGGUUUUUCACUGCCACUUUAACAGCAACUUCUUCCCUCUGUUCCUGGAGCACCUGCUGUCAGACCAGAUCUCUGUCUCUACUGGAUCCUUCCUGCUCGGUGUUUCCUACAUCGCCCCUCAUCUCAACAACCUCUACUUCCUGUCCCUCUGCCGCCGCUGUGGGGUUUAUGCCGUGGUUCGAGGACUCUUCUUCCUGAAGCUGGCUCUCAGUGUUGUCAUGCUCCUGGCAGGACCUGAUCAGGUGUAUCUGCUCUGCAUCUUCAUUGCCAGCAACCGGGUGUUCACAGAAGGGACCUGUAAAUUGCUCAACCUGGUGGUCACUGACCUAGUGGAUGAGGAUCUAGUCCUGAACCGCAGGAAGCAGGCAGCCUCAGCACUGCUCUUUGGGAUGGUGGCUCUGGUCACGAAGCCGGGCCAGACCUUCGCCCCUCUGAUUGGCACCUGGCUGCUCUGCGCAUACACGGGCUACGACAUUUUCCAGCGCAACCCCUUGAGCCAUGUGGUGAGUGCCCAGCCGAAGCUGGAGUCUGCUGCAGCCUUGGAGCCAACUCUUCGCCAGGGCUGCUUUUACCUCCUUGUCUUCAUACCCAUCACGUGUGCACUGCUGCAGCUCCUCAGCUGGUCUCAGUUCAGCUUGCACGGGAAGCGUCUGCAGAUGGUGAAGGCUCAGCGCCAAAGCCUGUCGCAAGGCCAAGCACCAGAGGUGAAAACAAUUUAGGGGUGUCUGAGCCUCUGGCAUGUUGCUGGUUCCAGGCCAGUGCAGGACUGCAGGCUCAGCGCACAGACAGGCUGAGAAACCCCCAUGUUUACGGUUCAACUGUGAAAUGCUGUAAUGCCAAUGUUUACUUAUUCCAGGAGGCAGUUGCUGGGGAAGGCAGAGAAGUUCAGUGUGUGAGGAGCCUGGGAUAGAUCGCUUGGCCAUGGGAGCAAGAACACUUUAUCCCAGGCUGUCCCAGGCCACCGGGGGCUGCUCAUCCCAGGGGAGGGUGCUGGGUUGCAAUGUGUGCUGGAGACAGCCACAUCCCCAGGGCAGUCCUCUGCCCUGGGCAUGGCCCUGGGGAACUGCAGCCUCUCUGGCUGAGCAGGAGACGACUGCUCCUUGCUGGAGCCCUGCAGCUUUGGGGAGUGGGAGGCUCCUGAGUGACCAAGUGACCGAGGGGGUGAUUGCAGGACAGCAGGAGCAGGGAUGGGAGGACCCUGAAGGCCUUUCCCAGUAGCUCCCACAUAGAGUGCUGUGGUUCUUGGACCAAAUCCACUCUUAGGCAUUUCUUGUUACCAGGACAAUAUCCUGCACAGCCAGGGUCUGCCGGCUGUGCUUAUUUUAAGCUGAGGCUCCCCUGUUUGUGGCCUUGCAGAGGGAGUUGUUGCUGAGCUGGGAGGGAAAUUCACUGGGCUUGAACUGGGUUCAGAGCCUUGAGCUGGAACAUCUCAUCUAGCAUCUCCCAGUGCCUGUUUAUCCCUCCUCUCCCUCCACAGCCCCUUCCAGUUGGUGCUGUCAUACAGCAGUGCUAUGAGCCCCAGCCCCAUGCUGGCUUGGGGCUGUGGGGCUGAGGUCUGGGAACCAACUCCCAGCUGAGCUGAUGGAAGUGCCUCCCUGUGCAGGGCCAUCUGUGAAAGAAACCUCCCCGACAUUGGAUCAGGACACUAUCCCUGGUGAGGCAGCCUGGUGCCUUCCCCCCUUGCAAGGGGAGAGCACAGCCUGGAGGAGAGAGCGGGUUUUGCUUUUGUGCCUUUGAUUUCUCUUCAGACCCAGUUUGACACAACACUGGGCAGUCACGGGGGUGACAUUUUUACCUCUGGGUAGAGGCAGACACUUCAGCUUCUUUCCACUUAAAAUGGUGCCCCAGAGUUUGAUCAUCUCAUCUGGCUGCUGAGACAUGGACCCAAGGAGGAGGGCAGGUGGUUUGACCUCCCUGGUUCUGGCUGGGAGCAGACAGGGCAGGUGGUCACCAAAGGGAUCCAUCCUUGAGAUGAGGGAAAAUCUCCUCCAUCCCUGCACUGUUUGGGGCAGACAGAAGAGCUGUUCUUUGUUUAGUGCCAGCUUCCCCCAGGGUCUCGGCCCACAAACCUGCCCUCUUGCCUCAGGACGUGGCUGCCUUCUGUCUUGGACCAAGAUGUUCCUGCUGUGAGGCUUCUGUAGGUCUUGAUGGUUCAAUCAUAAGUUAUUUGUGUGACUUCUAACAAUGUUUGAGAAUGAUUCUUCAUUUCAUAAAUUAAAGAUGAUUUUUUUCUGUA